CACUAAAGAAAGGGUGGAUCAUCACAAGAACUUCACACUUGGACUGAUUGGUUGAUGGUUAUCAUUGGCCUGAUUGUCUUCGUUGAUUGAAAUGUCACCCAAGUUGAAGCCUCCGCCCACACUGUACACACACUGUAUAUAUUCUCCUGUCAGGGUGCAGUGAGGAAAGGUCCUGCAGCUUGUCACUUCUUCUCAGCUGUACCUGACUGACCACGCUUGCCAAGAUGGUGAAAGGUAUGAUCAUAAAGACCAUGUCCUUUAAGGUCUGGCAGACCCUGACCAUUGUUGGUGUCCCCAAGGCUGGGAUAUCAGAUUUUAAAGUGAAUAUUUGCCCAGACGAAGAGGAUGUUGCUAUGCAUAUCAACCCUCGUUUUGACGGCUACUCUCCAAACAAUGUGGUGGUCUGCAACUCUUACCAGGGAGGCAAAUGGGGUGAGGAAGUCUUUGGGAGUAGCUUUCCUUUCGAAUACGAAAAGGAAUUCAAGAUGAUCAUUAAAUUCACCCCUGCAGAAUUCCAGGUGACUUUAUCAGAUGGCUCUAAAAUCCACUUCCCCAACCGCUUCGGUGCAGAGAGGUACCCCGUCAUCAACUUUAAAGAGGAUGUUUGCAUCAGUCGAGUUGAAAUCAGUUAAACCUCCAAACUUGCAAGGAUUGUUGGAUUGAAGUCUAGCAUAAGGUUACAUAUAGCCACAGCUUUUAAACAACUGAGCUGUUUAGCAGAGAAGUGCCACAUAGAGGCAUUUGAUCAUUUGUUCUUUAAGCUGCCUUGAAAUUCUGUGUGUUUUCUUGUAUUUCCUCCAGACUUUCCUGAUUUAUAACUGAGCAUAAUGCUUGCCUUUGCAACAUGUAUUAAAGCAUGUUCUUUCAUGAUAAACAUGGACUUCUGUGAUUAUGUCAACAUCUUACACAAACAAACCAUCAACUCCACAUAA